AAAUCCCUAAACUCCUCUUCUCCAGACACCCACACUUCUGACCCUCUUCAACUUUACAUUCCAGUUUCGAAGAAUCGAGCUUUGGUUUUGGUUUUGAAUAGCCAUGUGUGCUGCAUUGACACCAUCUAAGAGACCACAUGAAGAGGACCUUUCGGAGUCGAAUGGGAAAGGGAAGAUGCUCAAGUCUGAUGGUGAUGAUCAACCAACCAAGGCCUCCUCUGGCAAUGCUGUUUUUCGGGUACUUUGCCCGGAGUCCAAAAUUGGUUGUGUUACUGGUGACAUAGACAAAAUACAUCAGGAGACUCUGGUGAAGGUGAGAGUUGAGGAAGCUGUACCGGGCUGCGACGAAAGAGUUAUUGUCAUUGGAAGUGAGGAGAGCAAGGAGAAUGAAGAUGGUGAGACUGAUGAUUCGGAACGAGAGAAUGUAGCUCCUGCUUCUGUCAAGAAGGCUCUGCAGCUUGUGUUUGAGAGAAUGAUGGAAGGGGAAAGAGAGACUGAUGGUGGGGAGCAAGAUGGAAAGAAGUCUUUGGCGAUUGUUUUGAGGUUGCUGGUUCUGUCGAAUCAAAUAGGAUGCAUUUUGGGAAUAGGUGGUGGUGUGAUCAAGCAGAUGGCGUCUGAGAGUGGGGCGCAAAUUCGGAUCGUUCCUAGAGAUAAACUUCCAUUGUGUACACCAGCUUCCUAUGAUUUAAUUCAGAUUACUGGGGAAGUUGAUGCAGUCAGGAAAGCUCUUGAUUCUGUUACUCAGCAGCUUUUGGAUAAUCUGCCUCGUGCUAGUGCCUCUUCCCUUCAUGGCUCCACAUGGCCGUCAUCUCAACCUUCUCCAAGACCAGAAGUAACUCCACCACCAGAGCGGUCUCAAAGAACACCUUGUAGCGAUCGGGCUGCUGAUAUUGUGGAUGCUGCUCAUCCACCGAUCCCAAAGGUUCAUGUUUCUGGCAUCCCUGGUAGGGUGAACUCUUCACAGGAAGUCCUGAAUUUUCGCUUAUUAUGCCAAGAAGAGAGAGUAGGAGGUGUAAUUGGAAAGGGUGGAACGAUUAUUAGGGCACUUAAGCAAGAAACAGGCUGUGAAAUCAAGGUUAUGGAUGGUGUCUCCGACUCAGAGGACCGUGUUAUAGUUGUAUCUGGUCCUGCGUACCCAGACGAUAGGAUAUCAGCUCUGCAAGAUGCUGUCCUUCGCGUGCAUGAUAGGAUGGUGAGGGCAGUACCUAUUACCAAGGAACAGCCCGCGACAGCCAGGCUUCUUAUUUCCUCCAAUCAAAUUGGUUGUCUCCUUGGCAAGGGUGGUGCCAUCAUAACUGAAAUGAGAAAGUCAUCUCAUGCUAAUAUACGAAUAUUGGGGAAGGAUCAAAUUCCCAAAUGUGUUUCAGAUGAGGAAGAAGUUAUUCAGAUGAAUGGAGAACUUGAAGCUGUGAAUGAUGCUCUUCUGCAGAUCACCAGUAGGUUGCAGCAUCAUUUCUUUCAAGAUACAUUUCCUUCUUUAAGUUAUCCUCCAAAUCCUGCAUUUUCGGAUCAACCUUCUUUUCGAUCAUAUUUGAGGAGGGGCUUCUCACCUCCAAGAAUGCAUUCUAACUUCGGCCCAUCAUUUCAUAAGUUUGAUACUGUUGGUGGUCUCGCACCACAUGGUGGUUUCCAUCCUCUGCAUUUAUCUGAAAGAAGACCUUGGGGUUCUCAGGGACUUCUGGAGGGUAGUGGUCCAAUGGGUUUGCCCAACUUUGCUGGAGCUCCGCAAAGAAGGAUUCCUGGGUUUGGAGGAAGCCAACCAGCAAUAAUUACCAGUACCACUAUUGAAGCUGUAGUUCCUAGUUCCCUUAUUCCUAUAAUAAAUGGAGAAGAUGGUGAAUGCCUGAAACAAAUCCGUCAGAUUUCGGAUGCGAAAAUUACAAUUACUGAGCCUCUACCUGCAGCAAAGGAAACUUUGAUUAUAAUAUCAGGAACACCAGAACAAACUCAUGCUGCACAGUCUCUUAUUCAAGCAUUUGUGAUGAGUGAAACGGACUCUUCAUGACUGUGGAACAUCGACUGUCCUCAGCUGAAGGUUUUAAAGAUUGAGCUCACCAGAAUCUUAUUGUAUUCAUGCGAGCUCCUUGAGAUUUAGUUAAACCUAACCAGGAAUUUUUCUUGUAUAUUUUAUUAAUUGAUGAAACAGCUGGCCAUUUGAUUUGCAAUUUUGUGAGGGAUCCUUUUGGUGGCCAAGAAAGUUGAUGAAGAGACUGCUCCCUUGUCAAGUAUACCUUCUGGUUGUAGUGAGUAUACCUUCUACCAUCCCAUUCUAACUGCCUGUCAGGUGUAAAAAAGUAUUUAUUUACCGCAUGCCUUUACGAACUAUUACCUACUAUAUGUUAGAACUAGACUAUCCCUUUCCAAUAGAUUCUUUUGUGAAUCGCCUUUCUAAUCGUUGUAGACUUGGUAGUCAUGUCUGGCAAGCUAAGUUAUUGCUAUGGAUACGCAGAUGCAAUAUUUUUAAGGAUCCUAUUUUUAAUUC